AUGACUUUUGAAGGAUUUUCCCUCGCAGAGAUUCUUGCCGUCGCGAAAAUACACCCCUUCUACAAUCCCAAUGCCCAGUAUCCUCCUGGUGCAGAGACAAUUGAAUCGGCUGUUCAUCAGGCUGCAAAACAGUCAACAGACAUCGACCUCAGUUCCGUGCCAUUGAUCAGCAAGAAAGAUCUGUACAAGGUCAUCGCCCGGCUUACAGACGAUACGAGCCGGCAAAAUGAGUACCGGCGCAGCUCCUACAUCAGCAUCACCGGCGGCGGCUCUGGCGGGCUCCCGUUGAUGUUCAUGACGGACGCCCGAGAGAAUCGCAAGCAUCGAGCCGUUUUUGGUAAGUUCAUAGGAACGUGCCGGGUGGCCGAGCCUUACGAUUGGAUCCUCACAACUCAUUGUUCGGGCUAUUUCUACCGAUCCCUCGAUCUUACGAGCGAGCUCAUGGAAAAUGCGGGAGCAACCGUUCUCAGCGCCGGCAAUUACAUGACUCCCGCCGAGGUUGUCCGUGCCCUGGCACACUACCAUGUCAACGUCUUGGCCGGCGACGGCAGUCAGGUUGUCCAAGUCGUCCACCAUAUUUCAACGCUUCCUGCGGAGGAGAGGGAGAAAAUAAAACUCACCAAAGUAAUCUACACAUCUGAGCCACUGACCGAGAUGCAAUGCAGUCACAUCACCGCCACCUUGGGCCCGGUGAAGAUCUGUUCCAUCUUGGGAAGUGCCGAAGCAGGACCUUGCGCGUUAAGCCAUCCGGAUCUUACAGUGCAGGACGGUCCGGCGGGCACGAUGGAUUUCGUCUUUGAUACGCGACAGGUCAUUAUUGAGAUCCUGCCCCCGUCUUCCGCGGAGGAGGGCGCUUCCGCGUCCAGUAGGAAACCCUUACCAGAUGGAGAGGAAGGCAUCAUCGUUCAGACCUCGCUGCAACGUCGUCGGAACCCCCUUGUACGCUAUAUUACGGGUGAUAUUGGUUCAUUGCAUCCGCUGCCAGAAAGAGCCCGCGCGAUCAUUCCUAAAUCCGAAUGGGAGCACCUGCGAGUCCUGCGCCUGCGGGGCCGUGACCGUCGUUUUAGUUUCAAGUGGUUCGCCAUGUAUUUUGAGUUCGAAAAGAUCGUGAGCCUCAUGCAGGGCGAGAAGACUGGUAUCUUACAAUGGCAGCUUAUUCUGGCGACUCUGGAGUCGUCUGCGGAGAUAAUGCUGGAGAUUCGUCUACUCCAUCAGGCUGCCAGCGAGCACAUCAUGUCUAGAGAGGAGGUAGUCAGGAUGCUGGAAACGUUCUUUUUCAUUUUGGAUGAAAAUCGCCAUCUGUUCCGGAUUACGUUCCUUGACAGCCUUGCUGGUUUUGAAAAGAGUAGGACGGGGAACAAGGUCAUCAAGUUUGUGGAUAAAGCGCACUGAUCGGGUAUAUUGGAGUAUUUUGGAGUGUUAUUUUGAACAUGUAAUUGGGGAAUAGGAAAUCAAGCCUGUAUAUUCGAUAUAUUGGAGACGUUCCUCCUGUUCAUGAUCAUUUAUAAUAUUGAUGGUGCUG